AUGAAGAGGAUGUACAUUGGCUUAGCUCUACUCUAUUGUAGUGUACUGGAUCUACUGCAUGCGCUCUUCAAGAAAAGUGGUGGGGUGAUAAAGAAGAACCCUCUGCAUGACAAAGGGCUUGGUUACAUCUCCUCUCUAGAGAAGCAGAACACUGCGAACAGCAUCCACAUGAAACAUAUAACGCUCAUAAAGAGGAAGAAAAAAAAGUUCAUUCUUGCUAAAAAAAAAAGAGACACCAACAUGUUAAUUACGGUGCGCGCUUCCCAGCAGGAGGGCGCGGACGGCCUCAGGAUGAGUCCCCCCCUGUACAUGCUCGGUCAGGAUACCCUGGACCCCUCAGAUGGGGGCAGCGGCCAAUCGGGUGCAAGAAGCAGCCAAUCGGGUGGAAGUGGCGCAGAUGGAGGGGGCGAAGAGGACGCCCCGAGCAGAGGCCAACCCCACGUGCAGCUGCAGCCCCCCAGUGAGGAAGCCCUGUCCCCCAGUUCCCCUGGGCACGACGACGGGGAUGACGUGGAAGAUGACCAAGACGAGAGGAGGAAGAAGAAAAGGAAAAAAAAAAAAAAAAGAGUCAAGGGGGGAGAACAGCAACUCAGUUGA